GUGUGUUUGCAAAAAGGCCAUUAUCAAGCCUUCCUACGGCCGCCGGGAAGAUGUGCGGCAGCAGUUGAACAGGGUGACAGAUAACGGCACAUCUGUCAACUGUCAGCCUGGCAGAUGAGUGGUAGAGGCAGGAAAGGCUCAUUCCUUCCCAUCUCUGUGACGCGCGGCAAUCUGGAGUGUAUCUGCAGGUCACACGAAGCAGCUCAGGAAUGAAGGACAGUUGCGUAGUGGAACGAGGUUUCAGGUGACGAAGGCAACAGCUAUUUGCAUCUACCCAUGUGGAGCCCGUGUGAGUCACUGUUAAUCCGAUGGGGAAAACGUGCCAGACAGGCUCAUGGUGUUGGUAGAACUUGCUUAAACAUGUCUCUAUAUUCCGAUGGGUGCCUCAUCCAUUUUUGCCUUGUUGUGGAAUUGGUGAAUUUACCAGAAAAGAAUGUACACACCGAACAUUUUAGCGAGCGCGACAGGGGUCGAUUGUUACUCUAAUGGAUGGGAUUAUUUUUACACGAGUCUAUUGUCCCCCCCGUCGGCUCCGUAUCUCUCGCCCUCCAUCGCCAAGGCCUCACACCUCAUUGCGUUUCCAUUUCAUUUGGCCAAUUGUUGUCUACUUUAUGCAUCCUGUUACAUUCAACGGUAUCAACAGAGCCUCGGCGUAGUUUGUCAAAAAGAAAUGGUCAAUGGAGCCUAGGCGUGAGCUCGCAGAACUCCACCAUUUACAAGGCAAAUAAACAAAUUAAUAAACAUCGACCCCCGGAGCACCCACCCAAACAAAAUAGCACUUCCACAAGGAAGAGCCUACAGCACCGUGUUUACAAAAUCCUCAUUAAGGAAGUUGGGAGAUAACACACACUCAUGUGCAUCGCACAAAGUUGAAGGCACGUACGCAGACACACACACACACACACCAGCAAAGAGAGGAACAGCACUGAGCAACCCACCAAGAUAAGGGACAGAAAAAAAGUGCUGGGAAGAAGAGAGCAAAGCUCAGAGAGAGACUGACGAGGGGAGAGAACACAACAGAGAUGACUCGGACGCACAAAGCCCAGCCUUGGCCACCCUGUGACCGGAACUGCAGCCCUGUCUCAAAGAACAUCAAGAGGUGUGCAUGAGAAUAAAUGCUGUGAGAUCUGGAUCAGGAAAGCAGUGGAAACACAAACUCCUGCAGAGGAUCACACAGCUCAGGGCAGGGGUCAACGACACUAAUGUCUGCUGGAUCCAGAACCUUCUUUGACCACAGAUGUGCUGACCACAACUUUAAUUGACCUUUUGGAUUAAUGUGUUUAGAGAUCCCAAUCAUUUGGUCUUUUCUUUUGCAUCAGCGCGUCCACAGAGAACCCCAGAGGGCAUCAAAUAGAAAGCUGCAGAUUUUUUUUUUUUUUUUCCAUGGCGAGAAUUUGGGUCUUUCCACCGAGAACCAUCUGCACUUCCAGGACUCUGCUCUUGCUGUUUUCCAUCCUCCUGUUCCAGGGGCUCUGCGGCCAGAGCAGCCCGAUCUCCGACGUCCGUCAGAGGCAUCGGCCCGCUCCGGGGAUGGGAGACGGGCUUGGGGGGGCGGUGGACCCUUCGCUGCCGGAGCAGGACUACAACAUGCAGAGCUUGUUGGAGAGCCUGAAGGAGCAGUUUCUGCAGACAUUCAACCUGUCUGGCUUGGUUCCCCCUCCGCCGCCUCACGCAGGCUCGAGGGAAGAGCCACCGGAGUACAUGAUGGAGCUCUACAACCGCUUCGCUAAUGACCGUACGGCCAUGCCCAGCGCCACCAUCAUCCGCAGCUUCAAAAAUGAAGAUUCAUCUCCCAGUGUUGUGGGUGUUGGAGGAAUAAGGCGUCACCCGCUCCUCUUCAACGUGUCCGUCCCCCAUCAUGAACGCAUCACAGCGGCCGAGCUUCGCCUCUACACACUGGUCCAGAACGACCGCUACCUCUAUGCUGGCGUCGACCGCAAGGUCACCGUCUACGAACUGGAGCUGUACGUCGCAGAGGACAACGCGACCCAUGAGAACACUGUGAGAGGCGACGGAUUCAGAGGCGGAGGAGAGCGGAGGCCGUUAGCUUCACGCCAGGUCUACGGCACCGACAGCGGCUGGGAGGCCUUUGACCUCACCGCCGCGGUUCAACGCUGGCGCACAUCCGACCGCGGCACCACGCGCCGGUUGGAAGUGCACAUUGCCAGCGUGGCCAAUGACAACGACAUUCAAGGCAACGCGGGGGACAGCGAAGACCCAGCUGAAGGAGACAUGAAGAUCGACACCAGCCCGGAGGAGAAACACAAGCCUCUCUUGAUUGUUUUCUCUGACGACCAAAGCGGCGACCACCGCGACGACAGGCGCGAGCUGAACGAGAUGAUCGACCACGAGACCUCCAACGUGGUUCUCCACAAUGACCUGGGGACGGGCCUCAACGGGCUGUGGGGAGAACUGGGGAGGGACGGAGAUGAGAUGGACGAAGAGGCAGAGCCGGACGAGGAGGACCUCAUCCAAAUGCGCUCCAACCUGAUCUACGACACGGCGUCCCGCACCCGCCGCAAUGCCAAGGGGAACCACUGCAAGAAGCAGUCUCUGCACGUGGAGUUCAAGGACAUUGGGUGGGACAGUUGGAUCCUGGCGCCCAGCGGUUACGACGCCUUCGAGUGCACUGGCAUGUGUUCGUUCCCGCUGACGAAGCACGUCACGCCCACCAAGCACGCCAUCGUCCAGACAUUGAUCAACAUCAACAGUCCGCAGAAGGCGGCGCGAGCUUGCUGCGUGCCCACCAAGCUGGACCCCAUCUCCCUGCUGUACUUGGAUGACACGGGCGUGGUCACCUACAAGUACAAGUAUGAAGGCAUGGUGGUGGCAGAGUGCGGCUGCAGAUAGUCCAUAGUUCUGAGAUGGUUUUGUCUCUUCGUUGAGCCGUAGGACAGGAGGAGGGAAGACCGGGCAAAUGUGCGCUCCAAUAAGGCGGCGUGCUGCAGAUUCACAGUCAAACGCGGUGACGCCAGGGUGCGUCCUCAAACCCACAAGAAAGAAACGGCACAGGA